GCCUGCUUGGAAACGGUCACACUGGAUAAAAACAAUAACAAAGAGCUAUGUGUCGGUUCAUCCUUAUCCUUUUUUUACUCGUAAUAAUCGUUGUGGCUUUCUUCUGGUGGAAGCCGGAAGCGGGUGGCACCAAUUCCGAUGUCGUGCCCGUAAUCCUGUGGCACGGAAUGGGCGACACUUGCUGUGCGCCGUUCAGUUUGGGUGCCAUCAUGUCGCUGAUUGUGGAACAGACAAAGGGCGGCUACGUUCGCUCCGUUGAGAUCGACGGCAACAUUGUGAUGGACUGGCAGAGCGGCUUCUUCCUCCAUCCCAACGACCAGGUGGACUAUGUGUGCAAGGAGCUGCUGAAGGACGAGAAGCUGUCCAGGGGCUACAAUGCGAUUGGCUUCUCACAGGGCGGCCAGUUUCUGCGAGCCGUGGCCCAGCGGUGUCCGCAGCCGCCGAUGCGUACCCUCAUUACGUUGGGCGGUCAGCAUCAGGGGGUGUUCGGGCUGCCCAUGUGCCCAACACUAAGCGCAAAGUCCUGCGAGUACAUUAGCGAGCUUCUUACGACGGCCGUAUAUACAACCAAAGUGCAGGAGGAUCUGGUGCAGGCCACAUAUUGGCAUGAUCCCAUCAUGGAGAAUCGUUACCGGUUGGGCAGCACUUUCCUGGCGGACAUCAACAACGAGGUGUACCUAAAUACAUUCUACAUUGAGAAUCUCAACAAGCUUAAAAAAUUUGUGAUGGUUAAAUUCCUGAACGAUACAAUUGUGCAGCCAAAGGAGUCGCAGUGGUUUGAGUUCUAUACCAAUGGGCAGGACAAACUCAUUACGCCACUCAAGGACAGCAGAGUUUAUACUAAUCUGGGACUGGACAAAAUGGAUAAUGCUGGUAAGCUAGUCUUCCUGGGCGUCGAGGGUAAUCACUUGUCCAUAUCCAAGGCGUGGUUUAUUAAGAACUUAGUGCCUUUACUACUUGAAAAGUGAGCCAAAUGCUAGGCCAAAAGCAUGUGAUCAUGAAAUAAGAUAUGUGACAAGAAGGAUAUUUACUUUUAAUUGAGGAACAAGUAACUUAACACACUUUUUUGAUACACUUUAAUAGAUUUUAAUAAUAGAUUUGUAAUAAAUUCAGUUGGGACAUACAAAAUGUGUGUAUGUGUGUGUUUUACGUUUUUUACCUUUCUUUCACUGUUCCUUUGUUAACUAAUUAGCUUAAAUGUUAGGAUUUACGUCUCUUGUACACUAUAUGUCUUAAGUAUAUUGUUGUGCCCGAUAUAUUUCUCGGAAAUAUUCAAUGCAAGGCAACCGCGUGUUCCGACUAAAAUCAUUCGUAAUUACUCCGUUUAUAUAAACAUUUACAUAUAUAUAUAUAUAUAUGUGGGUGUGUAUGUUAGGA